AUGAUGCGCAAGCCACCCGAGAAUAACAUCCGAGACAGGUCAGGAAUAUCCCAAUUUGGAUGCACCAUAACAGACACGGGCAUCUACAACUCAGGCGGCACCAUCUCCGUCGCCGGCUGGACCAUCAAAGUCCCGCAAAACACCCAAGUCGGGUUCCCCGCCGCUUGGGUUCCCUGGCGUGACUUUUGCGCCGACAUCACUUUCAUGCGCGGCUUCGAAGUCACCGUCGUAGGCAACUCGAUCCCCCUCCACGGCCCAACGGCAGGCCAAAUCUUCAUUUCUCAAUUCUCCACCUCUUUCGGCCGGGGGUUGAUCUCUUCCAUCUCCUACGACGGAUCCAUCCAAUUAUCCCAAGGGCCCAAGCUGCGCAUCAACGACCCCCACGGCGUUUACUCCGUCGGAUACACCUCCCACCCGUUUUGGACGGCCGACGAUGAAAACCCCAGUAUCUCUUCCUUUAGUGGGUUCCCCAUGUGCGUACCGCGCAACGCUUCCGAUCCCUUAUGUCCAAUGUCCAACCGACCAACCAUGGCUGCCCCUGGAAGCGGAAGCAAACAAGGCACGUUCACGGCUCCGGACCCGAUGGUCAUGGCCCCUUUUGUUCCGGGGGAUUUUGUCGAGUAUGCGGGAGUGUGGGUGGCAGGUGGAGAAAUGUUGGUUUAUGAGCUCGUGGCUACCAACGUACAGAUACUCACACCGGUGAACUUCCCGCCUUUUAUACGGAUGGAGGACGUGUUGAUAGGGGUGUACAGCGGGGAUGUAAAUGCCGAAGUGGCGCAGACAAGAUUCAUAGGGUACACUUCUGCUGCGUCGGGGACGUCCAGCUUGACGAUCCAUGCCGUGACGGGGUUUGAUAUCUGCACGGGGAAUAUCACCACCAGACCCGUCAGCGGAGGCAGUUUGAUCGCCGGGCAAGUGAGGAAUAAGUUCCGAACGGGGAUAACGAGUGUCGCGGGGGAUGUGUACGCGCGCGAGUACGUCAUUUCGUCGACACCAAACCCGGUGAAGACAAAGAACGGGAUACUGGCCGGUCAAUAUAUCCAGCCUGUCACCGAAUGGAUCCAGCCGGAACUUACUACUCCGGGACUACCUCCUAUUCCUAAUGACUUUUCGGCAAUGGAACACCUGGUUAAAGGCCUGGGAAGGGACGAAGAUGGUAACGUCUGGGGUCCGCUUGAUCCGUUCCCGCAGUCGGGGGUGAUUGUUUCUGCUCCUGCUCCUGUUGUUAACGAGUGCCCUCCACCAUUGCCCUCACCUUCACCAACUACCACUCCCACUGAUGACCCUCAACCUCAACCCACCACCACUGUCGCUACCCCAGCUACAACUACAACUACCUCGACAACAGCAACGCCAACCCCCACAAAAGACACCAUCACCAUCAUCGCCGCCACAUGGAUCAGUUCCGGCUCUGGAACCUUGACAGUAACAUGUACUUCCUCCAACACGAAUAACACAGCGGUAGGGAUGCUUCUUGAUACCCCUGUGCAGAUGGGGCUGGUGAUGACGGGGAGCACGACGCAGCCGGGGACGUGGACGUUUUCGAGCGUGAAAAUCAAGCAGGUGGCGAGUGUUACUUGUAGGAGUAGGCUUGGUGGGAGUGCGACGGGGGCGGUGGUGGGGAAGGGGAAGAGGGAUGGAGAUGGAGAUGGAAAUGGGGAGGGGGUAGAGAGGAGGAGGUGGAUGAUGGGGAGACGUGGUGUUGGGAGGGCUGUAAGGGUAUUGGAGGGGGAACAUUGGGAGGGUGGAGGCGGAAAGGGUGAAAGAGUGAAAGGGUAA